AUGUCAGAUGGGGAACAAGCAGCAGCAGCAUCAGUCACUCAUGAGGCGUCGAAUGAAGGGGACACGGCAGGUGCUGCGGCGGAGACAGAUGGAACUCUCAAACUCGAGUGGGAUGCGAGAGAGGGGAAGAGGAGACCGAAGGAGCAUGAGGAGGUGGGGAGUGAGAGGGAGCAAGGCAAAAAGGAGGGGGGGGCUGCCAGGGAGCAGCAGCAGCAGGUUGGGGGAAAAGGGGUAGUUGGGGAAAAGGGAGCAGAGGGAGAGGAGGAGGAGGUUGCAGGGAGAGAGGAGGGCGAGGAGGAUGAGAAGGAGGAGGCAGAGGCGGAGGUAGCGGAGGAAGCGGAGGAAGCGGAGGGGGAUGCAGUGGUGUGGCAGGCGGCGGUGACGGAGAGCCUAGGCCUGGGCGAGCUGCCGCUUAAGGACGCGGAUAUCAAGGCGUACGUGCGCAAGUGGGGCUAUGAUGCUCUCGUGCGCUGCAGGUGCGUGUCGUUUCUCUUUGAGGCAACUCAAGGGGAGCACAUUUAUGGGACGCCGGAGGACAAGGAGAAGAAUGUGACGCCGUGCGACCACGAAGUCGCCAUCAAACUUCGAGCGGAAGCAGGAGCAGCUAAUGAGCGUGACGGAAGCGCCACUCUGUCAACCCUUGGCUCCACUUCAACCCUAGACGUCGAACCCACUCGGCGCGCACGGCAGCGGGACAUCCGCGACAUGGUGGAUGACACUGCACGCGCUCGACUGGACCAUUUAUGGGCUGCUGCAGUGGCUGAUAACGACUGGGCGUUCCACACGUCCAGGUCUCCAGCCGUGCAGAACUUCGUGGAUGCGGCUGUUGCCUUCGGGAAACAGUACACCCUCCCAUCCCCCUUCAGGGUUUCGGGUGUGCUGCUUCAAAAACUGGUAGCGGAUACCGCGGACAUUGUACGGCCCCUGAAGGAGAGUUGGAAGACUACUGGCUGCACCCUCUCCGUGGAUGGCUGGACCUGCAUGAAGAGUCGUGGGCUCGUGUGUGUCAUGGCCCACAAUGACACGGCGCCUGUCAUCGUGAAGACCGUGGACUCCAAGACCGCGAAGAAGGCGGGGGAAUACUUGGCCGGUCUCAUCCAGCGCGCGAUCUGUGAUGUUGGAGACUCGAACGUGGUCCAGGUGGUUAUGGACAACGCCUCCAACAACCGGAGGGCGGCUGACAUUCUCCGUGACGGUUUUCCAGCAACUUUCUUCAACAACUGUGCGGCGCACGUCCUGGAUCUGAUGCUCCACGACAUCGGGAAGGUCCGUGCUGUGCGGCGGGUGCUCAACCAGGUGCACAGGGUGGUUAUGAUCGUCAAGGGAAGCGCGUCUGCCGUCGUGCUCUUCGAGGAGUUGUUUAGCACAUUGUCCUUGGUGCGGCCCGGUGCAACACGCUUCGGCACGCAGGUUAUCAUGCUUACCCGCUUCCUGGAAGUGAAGAAAGCGCUCAAGGAGAUGGUGAUUAGUGAGGAGUGGGAGUCGGUGGCGGUGGCACGGUCUGAGGAGGGGCGAGCUGUCCGCCUGCUCCUCUUGGAUGAGGUCUUUUGGGACUGCGCGACAGCGGUCCUCCGCCUCAUGACACCCGUGUACGAAGUGCUGCGGGUGGUUGACACCCGUGCUCUAGUCAUGGGCCAGAUCUAUGGCCUCAUGCUAGAUGCCACGGUGAAGACAAACAUUGCGGCAGAGGCCGCAGCCAAAAUGAUGCUGAAACGCACAGCUCUCUUGCCGGCCAAAGACAAGCCGGCCUUUCUUGCCGCCAUCAAGGCUAUUAUAGCCAGGAGGUGGGACGUCCAGCUCCACAAUCCACUCCAUGCUAUGGGGUGGCUUCUAAACCCGCGCAAUCAGUACGGCAGAGAGGUGAAGAACGAUCCCGAGGUAAGGCGUGGGGCGGAAGCCGUGAUCCAGGCACGUGGGGGGGAUGUCGCUCAACGCACGCUGCUGUUGGCGCAGUUGACGCGGUUUCAUUUGGGAGAGGGGCUGAUAGGGUCCGAUGAUGCCCGUUGGGCAGCGCAGGUGCUGGUGGCGAGUGGGCGCUUGACGGAGGCAGAGUGGUGGCUGAUGUAUGGGGGGGAAUUGCAAGCGCUCAUGGGGAUGGCUGUGACGGUGCUGUCACAGCCAGUCACGUCUUCUGAGGUCGAACGCUACUGGUCCGCCAUUGCACGGGUGCAGAGGCGGGACCGUAACCGCCUCAGCGCCAAAAAGAUGAUGGACGUGACUGAGGUGGCGUUCGCCAGGAGGGCCAGGGAUGCUUUCGAUAACAAAUCACGGGAGAGGGAGAAGCUUUAUGCCGAUCUGGCCAACGGCACCCUCAAGCAAGGGAGUGCCGUUGAACCGGCAGCAGCGGAAGAAGAGGAAGUGGGGGACGACGACGAGGAGGAGGGAGAGGGGAAUGAGCAGCUAUGCACCAUUGAUUGGGACCUAUUCGGGAACAUUGGGAAGCGGAAGAAGAAGGUGCCUAAGGCCGCUAAGAGGCAGAGGGGCGGGAAGGCCAAGAAGCCUACCAAGGGAAAGAGAAAGGCAACAUCUGUGGGAGGGGAAGAGGGUGAGGAGGAGGAGGCGGCGGAUAGCAGUGGAGGGGAGGAGGAGGAGGACGUGCCCACCAAGGCUCGAAAUGGCUCGGAUCCUUGGGACAUUAGUGACGGCUUUCUCACGUUUGCCGGGCAUCAGUCGCUGGCAGAGGCGCGGGCAGCGGUGGAGGCAGCAGCUCCUGAUGCCCCUGUGCCGCUGCAGCCAUGGCAGCAGUGUGUGGACCUGCUGUCGUCUCUGGACACGCCUCGUGUGAGCGCCAUGGCUCAGGCUGUGUACGAGCGCCGCAGAGACACCGGCGCUGCUGGCGGGCCUGCAGACGACUGGGCGCAAGCCCAGCUGCAGUACGUGCAGCAGCUGGUGGCAGCUAGCGCAGAGGGCAGCGCUGACAUUCCUCUCGCUGUCUCCGAGGUCGUCUUCCACAAGGCUGCUGCAGCGGCUCGCGUGCAAAUCGAACAUCACAAGUCAUUGGCCGAAGCAGCCAUGGAUGCAGCAGGAGCAGCACGCAGAGCAGCAACGGUCACAGAGGAGCGCUCUGAUGCACUGGAGGCACAGAUAGCUGAGCUGGAGUUGCUAGUGUCACAGCUGAGCAGCGAGAAUGAAGCAGGGAGCGGGGAGGUGCAAGCAGCCAUGGCACGCGUGAGAGAGCUUGAGGAGUUCAUCCGGCAGGGGCGGGAGAGAGAAGCGCGAGCAGCAGAAGCAGCUCAGGCGGCGAAAGAGCGACUCGCGUUCGUCACACGGCAGUGCGAAAUCCUCAAGUCGAAGGUCGAUGCGGAGAAGCAGGAGGUAGCGGCUGUGAGAGAGCGGGUCGGGCUGUUGACCGGGCAGUUGAGGGACGCGGUGCAGAGGGAGGAAGCUGCAAGGAAGGCGGCUGGGGAAAUGGCGGAGAAUAUGACCCGCCUAGUCAACACGCUAAGGAAUGAGGUGGCGGAGCUGAAAGCUGAGGUGGCGGCGGGGGAGGCGCGGGAGAGGGAGCUGGAAGCGGCGUUGGAGGAUGGUGCCAGGCAGCUUCGCGCUGCUCUUGAGGCCGAGGCUGUUGUGGGCGCUCUGCGUGCGGACGCAGAGCGAGCAGAGCAGGAGCUAGAGGGAAUGGCGGGCAGGGCGGGGGACCUGCUGACGCAGGUGGAGCAGGGGCGACAGGUGGCGGAACAGCUGGAGGCGCAGGUGGCGGAGGGGCAACAGCUGGCUGCCAGGCUGGCAGAUGAGGUGGACCGAGCGAAGAAAGCCGUGGGGGAGGGAGAGAAGAAGCAAGCAGAACUGGCACGGGAUGUGGACACGCUACGAGCCACGCUCGCGCGCAUCCAGGCAGACGACCAGCAGCUGGCGCAGGAAGCGCAGCGCCUCGCACAAGAGUCCUCCCUCCUCAAGAAAGUCCUCGUUGGCGUGGUUUCGGAUUGGAGUGGUGUUGCUGGUGAUGGUACCGCCGAUAAGCGAGGAGAGGAGGCAACUUUCCGCCUGCUGAGCGCGGAUCGCGUCGUGCUGCCCGUCGCAGAGGAAGUCGCCAUGCACAUGGACCCCGUGCGACAGGCGAUCAGUUGCGACCGCGAGUCUGCCGCUGCUCCUCCACGCGGUGACGCUGACAUGAACGACAAGUUAGUGGAUGCGACGAGCCAGGGAGUGGCAAAGGCUAUCCAGUUCUGCGAGCAUCAGGUGGAGGUGGAAAAGACUGGCGUUAGCGAAACCACCAGUAACGAGGAUGGCAACUUGGCUGGUUACGGCUCAGGGGGCAUGGAUGGGGGAGCAGGUAGUGAGGAGUGGGAGGAGGACUUCAUGGCUAAAGUUGAUGGUGAUGCGCUUAUGGAGAUUUUCAAGGCGGCCAAGGCGCUGGGGAUUGAACCUCUGGUGAACCUGACGUGCAGACGGGUGCAGCAUAUGAUGGAUGAGCUGGCACCGCUGGAGCAGGAGCAGGUGUGA